CUGAGAGCUGAGGAUCUUCGGUUCAAAAGGCCGGAUUCCUCGCGGGGUUCGUCUGAGGCGCCGAUGGCGGGCGUCGCAGAAAAGAAGUUACCUCGGGGCUGGCACCCUCAACUUUCGCACCCAAUCAGAUGAUUUGCCUUCAGGCCCCAAGCCUUUCAGAACAUCUCGCUAGACCUCUGUAUUCGCCCAGGCUCUGCAGCCAAGCAGGAAGCUUAUAAGGCAGCUUUAACUAAAGAUGACUUCCUUGUUUGCUCAAGAAAUUCGCCUUUCUAAAAGACAUGAAGAAAUAGUAUCACAAAGAUUAAAGUUACUUCGGCAAAUGAAGAAUAAAUUUGGAGAUCAAAACAAGGAAAAGGCAUCUCAGAUUCAAGCAGCUGAGACUGCUUUUAAAAGGAACCUUAGCCUUUUAAAGGAUAUAGAAGCAGCAGAAAAGUCUUUGCAGACCCGGAGUCACCCACUUCCACUGCCUGAGCUGAUUUCUCUUGAGACUCUUUACUGGGCAUCAGUAGAAGAAUAUAUUCCCAAAUGGGAGCAGUUUCUUUUAGGAAGAGCACCAUAUCCUAUUGGUGUUGAAAAUCAAAAUGAAGCAGAAAAUGCCAUUCGAAACACGACACAGUGAUAACUUCACAUUCUAGUUCAAAAACUGUGUUUAGUAAAGCUGAAUAUUAAAGAAUAUGCGGGUCGUUGCAGGAAUUUUAAGAAUCCAAUAUAUUCUUAUUGCUUCAUUACAUCCUUGAAGACAAUAAAGACAUGAGAAUCUACUGGAAGGUCUCAGGUUAGCCCUAGAGACCUACUGCUCUCUCAAGGUCAUGACUUUGUUUCUACCAAACCCAUGCAAGUAGGAAAAACUAAUAUUGAAAAGUGGACUGUUUAUUAAAGAAAUCGCUAAAUGA